AUGUUCAGCUGGCUGGGUACCGACGACCGCCGGAGGAAGGACCCCGAGGUCUUCCAGACGGUGAGCGAGGGGCUCAAGAAACUCUACAAGAGCAAGCUGCUGCCCCUGGAAGAGCAUUACCGCUUCCACGAGUUUCACUCGCCCGCCCUGGAGGAUGCCGAUUUUGACAACAAGCCCAUGGUCUUACUGGUGGGCCAGUACUCCACUGGGAAGACCACUUUCAUCAGGUACCUGCUGGAACAGGAUUUUCCAGGCAUGAGGAUUGGGCCCGAGCCGACCACCGACUCCUUCAUUGCAGUGAUGCAGGGUGAGGUGGAGGGGGUCAUCCCUGGGAACGCUCUGGUGGUGGAUCCUAAGAAACCCUUCCGGAAACUCAACGCCUUUGGCAAUGCCUUCUUGAACAGGUUCGUGUGUGCCCAGCUGCCCAACCCCGUGCUGGAGAGCAUCAGCAUCAUCGACACGCCAGGCAUCCUCUCUGGGGAAAAGCAGAGGAUCAGCCGAGGGUAUGACUUUGCUGCUGUCCUCGAGUGGUUCGCCGAGCGGGUUGACCGCAUCAUCCUGCUCUUUGACGCCCACAAGCUGGACAUCUCUGAUGAGUUCUCAGAAGUCAUCAAGGCCCUCAAGAACCACGAGGAUAAGAUCCGCGUGGUGCUGAACAAGGCCGACCAGAUCGAGACCCAGCAGCUGAUGCGGGUGUACGGGGCCCUCAUGUGGUCCCUGGGGAAGAUAGUGAACACCCCGGAGGUGAUCCGGGUCUACAUCGGCUCCUUCUGGUCCCACCCCCUUCUCAUCCCUGACAACCGGAAGCUCUUUGAGGCCGAGGAGCAGGACCUGUUCAAGGACAUUCAGAGUCUGCCCCGAAACGCUGCCCUGCGCAAGCUCAAUGACCUCAUCAAGAGAGCCAGGCUGGCCAAGGUCCAUGCCUACAUCAUCAGCUCUCUGAAGAAGGAGAUGCCCUCCGUGUUCGGGAAGGACAACAAGAAGAAGGAGCUGGUGAACAACCUGGCUGAGAUUUACGGCCGGAUCGAGCGGGAGCACCAGAUCUCGCCUGGGGACUUUCCCAACCUGAAGAGGAUGCAGGACCAGCUGCAGGCCCAGGACUUUAGUAAAUUCCAGCCCCUGAAAAGCAAGCUGCUGGAGGUGGUGGAUGACAUGCUGAGCCACGACAUUGCCCAGCUCAUGGUGCUGGUGCGCCAGGAGGAGUCGCAGCGGCCCGCCCCGAUGGUGAAGGGUGGCGCGUUCGAGGGCACCCGGCAUGGCCCCUUCGGGCACGGCUACGGGGAGGGGGCUGGAGAGGGCAUCGGUGAUGCUGAGUGGAUCGUGGCCAGGGACAAGCCCAUGUACGACGAGAUCUUCUAUACCCUGUCACCGGUGGACGGCAAGAUCACGGGUGCCAAUGCCAAAAAGGAGAUGUUGCGCUCCAAGCUGCCCAACAGCGUGCUGGGCAAGAUCUGGAAGCUGGCGGACACUGACAAGGAUGGCAUGCUGGAUGACGAGGAGUUCGCACUGGCCAACCACCUCAUCAAGGUCAAGCUGGAGGGGCAUGAGCUGCCCAACGAGCUGCCCGCCCACCUCCUGCCACCAUCCAAGAGGAAAGUUGCCGAGUGAUGGGAGGAGGAGGUUCAGAGCAGGCAGGUGUUACAGGAGAUGGGAGAGCUGGACACACACACACACACACACACACACACACACUCACUCACGGGCACAGAUCUGGAGAACCGCACAGCAGGUGAGAGGGAUCAGCCAUCCCCAGGUUUCCAGGCUG